AUGAGUGAAGAGAUUAAUUCGGACAUUGUUGACUUCGGUGAGGAUGCAAAUGAUACUGAAGAAGAUGCGAGAGUCGUCGACUCAGUUGAUUUGCGGAACGAGGAAGAUGAUGGGAACAAAUUUGGGGAAAAAAUUCCAUCUUCAUUAACGUCGGAAACACAGGAUUUGAAUAAAAAUCAGGUGAAAUACGAGGAUGAAGAGGAUGACGAUUACGACGAGGAGAAUCCUCCUGAAGAUCUGCCCAGUCAGUGGGAAGGGGAUGAUGGCUUGGAUGCCAGCGAACUCGAGGUUGAAAGAUUCUGUCAGCCGAAGGAAGCUGUACUAAUUGAAGAUCUGACGGAACAUUUUAGGCAGAGACGGGUCAUAGUUUAUCCGCUCCGGCUGUCAGAUUUAUCUCACCCGAUCUUCAUAGAAUGCAUCGAGAGGAGUUGCUCAUUUCAGACAAACUUUACCCUGUGUAGGAGACCGCUGCAAGAUAAUGAAGUUUCAUUUGUUGGAUUAUUCUUUUCUCAAUCUUUAACCAGUGAAGUUCUUUCAAUAUUGAUACAGAUUGGUGGAUAUUUUAUUCAAGUCAACAAUCCACGCACGCGAGGCAGUGGAUGGGUUGAAAUCAAUACGCGAGGAGAGAAGUUCAUAGCGGACUGGGUGAAGAUGAAUUCGACUGCUCUCUGUCAGAUCCCGACCACAUUGAAAAACCUAAUCACAAUCAAAAAUGUCCCCGAAGAGUUAGGCUCUGAACAAAUUAGGAGCUCAUUCUCCAACGCUUCGGACGUUAUAAUUGCACAUAAUAAAAAAAAAUCUGUUGAGAAGAACAGACUAGUAAGGACGGGUUUCUUGUUCUUCGAUAGUGAGAUCCGAGGCCUGAUGAAGAUGAAGAGAAGGUACAGAAUCAUGUGCCAGGUUCGCGGUCUGAAAACUAUCCUCAAAGAUCUUUCUGUCAGUAAAAAUUUCACUGACAACCAAGUUAAUAAAAUAAACAUGGUCAUAAGCAACUGUCGAAACCUCAUACUGACUGACAACCGAAUACGCGCCAGCCUGGGUCUACCACUGCACACAUUCUCAGAUCUGAAGAGGAUCCAGUCAGUUAGAGAGUCCAUCCCGAAAGAAUACAAUUGGUUGUCAACUGUGUCCGGUUUCGACAACGAGGCUGGGACGGAUCGAAAUUGGAAGGAGUCGAGUGUGGGGAGUAAUGGCGGAGUUGGUGGUGGUGGUGGUGGAAAAAGAAGGGGAUUUGGUGGUGGUGGGGGCGGUUCUAACAGGAGAUUCAAUGAUACCAGAAAAAAAUGGAAUGACAGGCGCAGAGCAUCCCCAGCACGUCGCGACGACUACAGGGACCGUCCGCGGGGGGGUUCGAGAUUGUUGGAGGCCACGAGUCGCGUGGAAGAGAUAGCUGCGAAGAUAGCACGCAUCACGAACAGCAUGGGCCUUCCUCGCCAGCAGGACAGCAACAAUCCACAGCUUUCAAGUUUGAGCUCCCUCAUGAAGAACCUCAGCGGAUAUGACGCUCUGAAGGCGGUUCUUUCUGGUAACGCACCCCUUCCUGAUCAGGGGGAAAUGGGUAUGAUGGGCCCGAGUUGGAGAGGCCCUAAAAAUGAUUUGUCCGAACCAGAUGCCUCCGCUAAUUUGAACUCGUUUGCUGGUGGUGGGAGUGGCAGUUCGAAUCUCGGCCCUGCUGAGGUCAUGUCCCCAAUGGAUGCACCAGCCAAGAAGUUGGAGAACGCGAAUGCUAACAAAGGAGUCGGCAGUAGUUGGCAGAUUAGCAGUCAGACAAGCAGCAGCAACAGCAGAUGGAUCACUAAAUCGAAUCAACCCGUCAACAAUCCGAACCAGCCAUCGGCCUCCACAUCCACUCCAUUCCAAACUCAACAACAACAACCACCUUACCACCAACAACAUCUCGACCAACAACAGCAGCAGCAAUAUUACCCAUACGACAACAACUACGGUUACAACAAUCAGUACAAUUACGGAGCUGCUGGCUUCCCUCCUAAUUUUGGCUUUCCAGGUUUCGGGGGCUUCCCAAAUAACCCCCCUCCACCACCCAGCAAUAAAUCUGGCUGGGCCUAUAAUUAUCCACAAUGGGGCAAUAAGUGA